ACCUUCCCAUCCAAGCGAAUACAUACCCCACAUACUACACCUGCCGCUUUCAUUUUCCUUCUCAGAUGGACAUGAAUCUCGUUAUGGAAGGAACGUUUCAUGAUUUGUACCGCACAAUACCUAGUGUACCCACCUGGGUACCUUAAAGUAGGUAGGUAGCUAUACGGAAACUAGUACCGUCCUUUAACACCUGCCCCUCUCGUCGACGGCCACUGCCGUCGACCUUGGCUUGUCAACAUCAUCAUCUACCUAGUUAUCCACCUCUCAUCCUCCCUCACGCUUCUACGGAUCACAUACGAACCCUUCUCACCCCAGAACCUACGAGAAAUACCUCGGACUCGAUAGUUCGCUGGCCCCCUACUGUGGUCAAGGCACAGCUUCACUUGCACCAACCACAGCGCCCGCUCCACUCUUGGGAUAUGAUGUGUCGAAGUGUUCUCCUGAUCCUCCUAGGAUCGUUGAUGACGCUGUCCUGUAUCGAAAACGUCGGCGCGUUUUCAUGGGGCGGUAAUGGGGGGCGUUCGACCUUGCUCCAAGCAUCGGAAGAGCGCAUCGUGAACCCCUCAAUUUCAACCCAGGACAAGUCACGCUUACCGAACGUCUACGCCGUUGCCAUGCAGGAGCUUCAAGAGCUGGAGUCCGAACCUUUGUGCCAUCGUAUCGCUGCCAGCCUACUGGUCAACAACUGUCAGCUACUCGACGGCAAGGACGAUGCUACCAUUCUCACUGAUAGCGGCAGACAAGUUCGCGAUUUUGUAGACUCUUACGCCGCUAGUCUCGCCAUUUGUGACCUUGAAAGAGGUAGUUUUGCCAUUCCCUCGAGCUGCGCGCCAUUUCGAGAGCGCUCUUUGGUAAAUAUACCCGACUCGAGCAUUCCACGCCUUCACGCCUCCCCUCAACAAAUCGACUCCUGUCUUUCGGGACUGGCUAAGUCAGACUCCGCAUGGAACACUUGGGUCAGCUAUCGUCACAAGGCUUUGAGAUUCUGUGAAGCUGCUCGUGCGGAUAACGAGAAAGCCCAGAGCAUUCGCCUCCACCAGCGACUUACAGAAGUUCUUUCUAAACUUUCCGAAGGAGUUGAACAAGAACUCGAGGCUCAUCUUAGAACCAUCAAUAUCCGAGCGACUGAGGCAACCGAUCAUCUACGGCACAUGAUUCCAGACAUCGAACAGCUACGACAUAACCUUCAGGAUUUGGACCGGACAAUUUCCGAGGAUAUGAUUCAGAUAUCUCAGGAGUCAAAAUCUAUGAUGAGAGACGGUCUUGAAGAUGCUCAGAACCUACGUCAGCUGCUGGGCGUUCUUCUCAGAACGGUUAUGAGCAACAAUGCCGAAGUUGCGGCAUCUCAAGAAAUGGCGCUGGCAACUAUCAGAGAGCACGCUAACUCCGAGUUUUCUGUUGUCAUGUCUACGAUUGCAACAGCUGCAGCGUCUUCCGCUUCUCUUCGGAGUUUGAUGGAGCUCUCACAUGUUCGAGUGGUCGAGCUAGCUGAUCGCCAAGAACACCUCGAGAAGGGAAUGAUGAGACUACUAGACAUCACCGAAGAACUCUCGUCGAGGUACGAGUCGCAUACAGAGAAACUAGGCAUGGCCCAGCAAAUAUCGGCCGAUCUUCUUGAAACACUGGAUGAUAUGGCGAUGUCGACAUCAGGGUUCCGUAACUCUCUAGGUCACGGAGCCAGCUGGAUAAGCUGGAUGCCAUAUGUCAUCUGCCCAGCUGCAUCUUUGCUCAUGGGUUCGUACGGUCUUCCGCCGUCUGCGAUCCGCAACAUCGGGCUCAUUGUGCUAGGCGAAAUGGCUGGCUUCGUUAUAUCUCACGCUCAAAACUUCACGUUGGGCGUUCUCAAGAUCUCUCGGCCUGAGCUCCCCCCCUUCAUCGACAAAAACACCACAAUUGCUUUCCGUCCGGCAGAAAAUGAUAUACUACACAGCCUACCGCUGAAUAUGCGCAAAACCAGCUGAUUAAGGCCGCUGAGGGACGUUUACCGACCAACUAUCAUCAAAAUAUCUACACAUCGAAAUACUUACACGGUAAUGACAACUGGUCUCGGGGAUAUUGACUUUGGCGUUCUUCAUUGGCCGGUUUGCUAGACACUUUGCUCUUCAUUUUCGAAAUCAGACUGAUGAUGGGUUGUUUAACGAGAGGUGCCGAGGUGGCGGGAUUGCAGCAGUAGGUAGAAGCGAUGGGGUCGCCUCUGACAUC